ACUAAAACCACAAACGCAAUUCAAAUCUUCGUAUGCAACGGCCAAAAAAGUGAAAGAAAACCCCCAAUCUUUUGAAAUAUCUCAUCGGAUCCUUCAUUCAGACUCACGCGAGUUCUUCCAUUUCCACAAAUCUAUGCGGAAGAAGUGAGUAGCAAUGGUGGCUGUUAAGGGUUUAAGCAUGGUUAAAACUAGGGUUUCAGGAGAUCGUGAGACGACGAGGAAAAGCGGUGGAGUCAAAGGUUUGAAGGUGUUUGAGGAAGAUGCCAAGGUUAAGGAUCGGGAUCGUGUUGCCGCUGAAACUAAAAGGAAAUCUAUUCCAGUCAAAGCUGAAAUCAGUGGCAUCCAUGCCAAUUGUCAAAAGGAGGUCCUCAACAAGUUGGACAAGAUCAAGGGGAAAAGCAUAAACUCUGCUCAAACGACAACAGGGAGAAAAGUAUUGGCAGAUAUCAGCAAUUCCAAGGGUAUUUUUCAGAAGAAUGCAGUUGUUGAUGGCUCCAAACCUGGGAAAGGUAAAAUGGAAAGGAUGGCUUAUUCACAACGGACCUCAGUUUCAUCAGGCAAGGAGCUGAAGGUCUUCAAUGGUAAUCCAAAGACAAGGGGUCAAGAAACCGGGAAAGGUAAAACAGAAAGGAUGUCAUAUCCACAACAACGGGCCUCGGUUUCAUCAAGCAAGGAUCUAAAGGUCCUUAGUGGCAAUUCAAAAACAAGAGUUCAAGAAACUGCUGGUUAUAUAGUAAGGAAAUCUGCAAGGGCAUAUUGCCCACCACAAAGGAAAUCUUUACCAGUUUUAAAGCAUGCUGACAAGGAAGAGAAAUCUGAUAACAAGAAAGGAGAUAACAAGGAAAAACUUGGCUUUUCUGUUAAACCUAAAGUUGGCACGAAAGUUGUACCGAAUGUAAGCAAUACUCGAGACUACCUUCGGAAGAAUAGAGUUAGUGACGGAUAUAUAAAAAUGGCAUCAAAUGGUCAAUCAUCAACAGGAGACAAAAAGAGACUGUCUAGGAUAUCAAUGAAGCCGACCGUGAAAACGGCAGUUGGUAUUCCCAAAGCUCAAAGGGUAUCAAGAACCACUUCUGUUUUUACCAAAUCAACAUCUUCAAAUUCUGUUUUAUCCAAGAAAGUUGAAACAUCAAAGUCUGAAUCUGUUUCCCGUAAGCAAAUUGCACAAGAUGUUACAUUAGAUGCAAGUACAUCGAAUCUCACUUCCAAGGUGAAAUCUGGUCGUCGAAAAUCCUACACGUCUUUGCUAAUCGAAAGAACAAAGCUUCUAAAGGAUCAAGUUGGUGGCGCUAAGGAGGAGAUCCUGCCCGACAUUUAUGAUGACGGCAAUCAACUUGAAGUUGCUGAAUAUGUUGAUGAGAUCUAUCAGCAUUAUUGGGUCACUGAAGCACAUAAUCAACCACUGAAAAACUAUAUGGAGAUCCAAACAGAUAUUACUCCUCAAAUGCGAGGCAUACUGAUCAACUGGCUAAUUGAAGUACAUUUGAAAUUUGAUCUAAUGCAAGAGACGCUUUAUCUGAUGGUCACACUCUUGGACUUUUAUUUGUCUGCUGCCGUGAUUAGAAAAACUGAUAUGCAAUUAGUUGGUCUCACAUCACUAUUACUAGCAUCAAAGUAUGAGGAUUUUUGGCAUCCAAAGGUAAUGGAAUUAAUUAGUAUCUCAGCAGAGACCUACACAAGAGAGCAAAUGCUUGGAUUGGAGACGACGAUUUUAAAGACAUUAAACUUCCGUCUUAAUUUGCCUACACCUUACGUUUUCAUGCUGAGAUUUCUUAGAGCUGCACAAGGAGGCAAAAAGUUUGAAAACCUAGCAUACUUCCUCAUUGAGCUAUGCUUGGUGGAAUAUGAUGCUUUACUUUACAAACCAUCAUUACUAUGUGCAUCAGCUAUUUAUGUUGCUAGAUGUACCCUAAAUUUGACCCCGGCAUGGACCCCACUUCUAUGCAAGCAUUCUAGAUAUCAAGAAUUUCAGAUCAGGGAUUGUGCUGAUAUGAUUUUGGGAUUUCACCAAGCUGCAAGGAAAGCCGUUUUAAGAGUUACGUACGACAAAUACACAAGCAGUCAAAACUGCAAAGUUGCAUUGAUCAAACCUCUAGACAGGCUUCCACCUCCAUAGUCUUUUCAACCAAACAAAAAAUUGCUAACAUUUAAUUGAUAUUUUGUAUCAACACUUAGUUGAAGUGAAUGUGUAAGAUCAUAUUGUUUUACAUAUAGUGGUCUAGAUUUAUCUUCAAAAAAUGAUAUUUUUGGUGAAGUA